AUGAUUGCUCGUUGUCGCGCUAAAUGCUGGGUGGUUCAUUUGAAAGAAGAAAAUCAGGGCCUCCAAUUGCCAUAUUCUCAACGGGGAUUCAAAGGUCAUAUUAUUAUUUAUCCUCAGAAUCCUUCUGCAUUACUAGAUGUUCUUCCUUGUACUCUUGAUGACGUUUCCACACCAGUUUGUGUGAUCUUUGUAGGAUCGAAACCACCUUCAGCAGAGUGGUUACGUACCAAGGCCAGACCCUUGAUAAUCAGGCGUGAGCGUGUGCGUAAUGCUUUACAAUGGCUUGUGCAACAUAAUCCUUUGUAUGCUGAAGUUGUCAUUGAUCAUACGCUUCUCGACAGUUUACAAGAAGAACAGACAUUGCCUGUGCAUAUUCAACAUGUGUUGUCUGAUCAAUCUGAUGAUCUUCUCACUUCGAAAUAUGAUGUGCCGUCUUUGGAUUCUGAAGGCAUGGUUGAUCAUUGCGAUGCUACAGACAUUCCUGUGCCAUUUUCUAAUGUGGUAGUUACAGAUCGUGGUGGAGGAUACAUCGAAGUUCCACAUGGUCCUCAGCCUGUCAAUGAGUUCUUCAAUCCGCAGUUAUUUCCAAUGAUUUAUCCGAUCUUGUUCCCUUAUGGUCUGGGUGGCUUCGAGGAUUCGAUUCGCACCACAAGGAUAUCCAUGAAAAAGCAUACAAACAUUUUCAAGAGCAUUAUUCGUUCUUGUUCACCGUUUUCAAUGUACUGCAACGACGAGAAAUUCUUUUGCAUUCAAGCCUGA